GCCUCUCCUCCGCCCCUCUUCUCCUCGCUGCUCAUUGAUUGAUUCCUCCUCGCCUCACUCCCCCCUCGCCGCGGUGAGGGUAGCAGAGACCCUAGCGGACUAGAUGCUCCGUGAGGGCUCGAUAGGGUAGAGCGAUGGGCUGUGUCUUCGGCCGCGCGGCCGCGCCGUCGUCCUCCCCCCCGGCCGCGCCGAGGAGGGGAAGGAGCAAGGAGAAGUCGUCCCCGCAGCCCGCUGCGGCGGCGGCCUCGGCCGGGUCCCCCUCUGCCGCCGUAGAGGGGGACAAGGGGCCUUCCCCUGGUCGGCCGCGGCGGCGGCUCGGAGGGCGCAGGGCGGCGGGGCCCAGGCAGGGUUGCGUCCCCGCGCCCGCUGCGGCCGAGCAGCUCGCCGCCGGGUGGCCGCCGUGGCUCGUUGCCGUCGCCGGGGAGGCGCUCCGUGGCUGGGCCCCGCGCCGCGCCGACACCUUCGAGAAGCUCAAUAAGAUAGGGUCGGGCACGUACAGCAACGUGUACCGAGCGAGGGACACUGUCACCGGCCGCAUCGUGGCGCUGAAGAAGGUCCGGUUCGACAAUCUCGAGCCUGAGAGCGUCAAGUUCAUGGCAAGGGAGAUACUGAUCCUGAGGAGGCUCAACCACCCAAAUGUGGUCAAAUUGGAGGGCUUGGUAACCUCCAGGAUGUCAUGUAGCCUAUACCUUGUAUUCGAGUACAUGGAGCAUGACCUUGCUGGGCUCGCAGCGAGUCCUGAUGUCAAGUUUACAUUACCGCAGAUAAAGUGUUACAUGCAGCAGCUCUUAUCAGGGCUUGAGCAUUGUCACGACAAUAAUGUAUUGCAUCGAGAUAUCAAGGGGUCAAAUUUGUUGUUGGAUAAUAAUGGGAUUCUUAAGAUUGCGGAUUUUGGUCUGGCGACGUUCUUUGAUCCACGACAUAAGCGGCCAAUGACAAGCCGGGUGGUCACGUUGUGGUAUCGGCCACCAGAAUUGUUACUAGGUGCAACUGAUUAUGGUGUAAGCGUGGAUUUGUGGAGUUCUGGUUGCAUUCUGGCAGAGCUCUUGUAUGGGAAGCCCAUAAUGCCGGGGCGCACUGAGGUAGAACAGUUGCACAAGAUUUUCAAGCUAUGUGGUUCCCCCUCAGAGGAGUAUUGGAAGAAGUCUAAACUGCCUCAUGCGACAAUAUUCAAACCCCAGCAGCCCUAUAAACGUUGCAUCAGGGAGACAUUUAAAGAUUUUCCUCCAUCGUCGCUGCCAUUGGUUGAAACUCUGCUUGCAAUUGAUCCAGCUGAACGUCAAACUGCGACAGCUGCAUUACAAAGUGAAUUCUUUUCAACUGAGCCUUAUGCUUGUGACCCUUCAAGCUUGCCAACAUAUCCACCAAGCAAGGAGAUGGAUGCCAAGUUGAGAGACGAGGAAGCUAGAAGGCUACGAGCUGCUGCAAAGGCCAAAGGAGAAGUCGUAAAAAGGACUCGACCACGGGAUCGAUCCCACCGGGCUGGACCAGCACCAGAAGCUAAUGCAGAGUUUCAAGCAAACGUAGAUCAGAGGCGACGAAUGAUAACCCAUGCAAAUGCCAAGAGCAAAAGUGAGAAGUUCCCUCCCCCGCAUCAGGAUGGAGCUAUGGGUAAUCCGUUGGGAUCCUGUCGUCAUUUGGAGCCUACAUUUGAGCACCAGGACGCUUCCUUCAGUACCGUAGUCCCCAUCCAAAAGGGGACCUCGCAAACAUGGUCAGGACCAUUGAUUGAUCCGGCAGCUCUUGGGCAAUCAAGGCGGAAGAAGCAGACUGCCCUAGAUGCUAAGGCCGCGGCUUACUCAAAGCAGCUCCAAAAGGAAAAGGGUGGAAUACGAGGCAGAUAAAAAAAAAUUCUGGCGAGUUUGGGGGGCUGAGGUUCUUCAUGAUGGUCUGUAGAUGGAUUUCCUUGUUUCAUUUGCUGGUUAAAAGCAGGCAAUAGUGUUUGCUACUGUAGGGAGAAUUCAUCCAGGUUAUGUGGCAGUGUUUCCUGUUCUUUUCAGAUUCUUCUGAACGAAUUGUUGUCCAAGGCAAGACAUUCUGGGUUUACCACCCUUGUAUUUAUGCUCUUUACAGCAAUUAAGUUGCCCAUGUGUAUAUAUGGACUGAUUCUUCUUGUGUAUAGAAAUGGAUAAUGCCUGCAUUUUAGUGGACUUA